GGGACCAGGCUUCAUAAGAAGCAGCAGUUCCAUUGGCAGCAAAACAGGCCCAGAGCAUAAUACUACCACCACCAUGCUUGACGGUGUGAAAAUGGCGAGCAGACGUGCGCUGAAGGCCGUCCUGGUGGACCUGAGUGGAACUCUGCACGUGGACGACACGGCGGUCCCCGGGGCGCAGGACGCCCUCCACAGGUUACGGCGGGCGUUGCUCGCCGUGAAGUUUGUGACCAACACCACGAAAGAGAGCAAGAGGAACCUGCUGGGAAGACUGCGAGGACUCAACUUUGACCUCCAGGAAAACGAGAUCUUCACGUCUCUGAGUGCUGCCAGGAGUCUCCUGGAGAAGACCAGGCUCAGACCCUUGCUGCUGGUGGAGGACGGCGCCCUGGAGGACUUUGCAGGUAUCGACACCUCGGAACCAAACGCUGUUGUGGUAGGACUGGCUCCUGAGCACUUCAACUACCAGACUAUGAACACGGCCUUCAGACUAGUUCUGGGUGGCGCUCCUCUCAUCGCCAUCCAUAAAGCUCGUUACUACAAAAGGAAAGAUGGUUUGGCCCUGGGCCCCGGACCCUUCGUCACCGGACUGGAGUACGCCACGGACUGUCAGGCCACCGUAGUGGGCAAGCCUGAGAAGACUUUCUUCACACAGGCUCUUGCUGAUUUGGGAUGUAGCCCCGAUGAAGCCGUCAUGAUAGGAGAUCAGCCAAUGCUGCUGCGUCAACAUGUCUAUGUGUCGCGCAACCCAGGAGCGCCGUAA